GCCCCCGGCCGCGCGAACGCGAGCCCCGCCCUGCGCGCCUUCCCUCCUGCGCUCGCCGGCCUCUUCUGCCUCUUAGAACCUUCCUGCGGUCGUGCUUGCAUCUCGCUGCUGCAGCCUCCCGGGCUCCGGUCCAUCCUUUCAGUCUGAGACCGGCCCAGAAGAAAAAAACCCCAAAAACCUUAAUUUUCUUUCUUGUUCGGUACCUACAUUGGAACCAUCAAAAACAAUUAUUUCAGUAAACCGUAGCCAUGAGGGAAAUCGUGCACAUCCAGGCCGGACAGUGUGGCAACCAGAUCGGUGCUAAGUUCUGGGAGGUGAUAAGCGAUGAACAUGGCAUCGACCCCACCGGUACCUACCACGGUGACAGCGACCUGCAGCUGGACCGAAUCUCUGUGUACUAUAAUGAAGCCACAGGUGGCAAGUAUGUCCCUCGAGCUAUCUUGGUGGAUCUAGAACCUGGGACUAUGGACUCCGUUCGCUCAGGUCCUUUUGGCCAGAUCUUCAGACCAGACAACUUCGUUUUCGGUCAGUCUGGGGCAGGCAACAACUGGGCUAAAGGCCACUACACAGAGGGAGCUGAGUUGGUUGACUCUGUCUUGGAUGUGGUGCGGAAGGAGGCGGAGAGCUGUGAUUGCCUGCAAGGCUUUCAGCUGACCCACUCACUGGGUGGAGGCACUGGCUCUGGCAUGGGCACCCUGCUCAUCAGCAAGAUCCGGGAAGAAUAUCCUGACCGUAUCAUGAAUACCUUCAGUGUGGUGCCCUCGCCCAAAGUGUCUGAUACCGUGGUCGAGCCCUACAAUGCCACCCUGUCUGUCCAUCAGUUGGUUGAGAACACGGAUGAGACCUACUGCAUCGACAACGAGGCCCUCUACGACAUCUGCUUCCGUACCCUCAAGCUCACCACGCCAACCUACGGAGACCUGAACCAUCUCGUCUCGGCCACCAUGAGCGGCGUCACCACCUGCCUCCGUUUCCCGGGCCAGCUUAAUGCUGACCUUCGAAAGCUGGCUGUCAACAUGGUGCCAUUCCCACGUCUCCACUUCUUCAUGCCUGGCUUUGCCCCUCUCACCAGCCGUGGAAGCCAGCAGUACCGGGCCCUCACUGUGCCUGAACUUACCCAGCAGGUCUUCGAUGCCAAGAACAUGAUGGCCGCCUGCGACCCGCGCCACGGCCGGUACCUCACAGUUGCCGCCGUCUUCCGUGGACGGAUGUCCAUGAAGGAGGUGGAUGAGCAGAUGCUCAACGUGCAGAACAAGAAUAGCAGCUACUUCGUGGAAUGGAUCCCCAACAAUGUCAAGACAGCUGUCUGUGACAUCCCACCGCGUGGCCUCAAGAUGGCAGUCACCUUCAUUGGAAACAGCACAGCCAUCCAGGAGCUCUUCAAGCGCAUCUCUGAGCAGUUUACGGCUAUGUUCCGCCGGAAGGCUUUCCUCCACUGGUAUACGGGUGAGGGCAUGGACGAGAUGGAGUUCACCGAAGCUGAGAGCAACAUGAACGACCUCGUCUCUGAGUACCAGCAGUACCAGGAUGCCACCGCGGAAGAGGAAGAGGAUUUCGGAGAGGAGGCAGAAGAGGAGGCCUAAGGCAGAGAGCCCUGCAUCAGCUCAGGCUGCUUAGAUCCCUCAGCUUUCUCCAACUGCCCUUUGUCCUCCAGUUUCUUUCUGCUGCCUCUGUCUUGUAUUUGUUUUGUUCUGUUUUCUCAUUGGGGGUAAAUGGUGCCUGGCACAUGGCAGGCACUCAAUAAAUAUUUGUUUGUGGAAUGUCUCCUUUCUCUUUCCACUCUGACAAACUUAGAUUUCUGACAUUCUGGUUGUUACCCUGUGCUUCCUACUGGUAUCUUUUUUUUUUUUUUUUUUUUUUUUUUGGUUUUUCCAGACAGGGUUUCUCUGUAUAUAUAGCCCAGGCUGUCCUGGAACUCAGAAAUCCGCCUGCCUCUGCCUCCCAAGUGUUGGGAUUAAAGGCGUGUGCCACUAUCACCCAACAAGUAUCCAUUUUUUUAAAUUAUUAUUUGACUGUCCAGUUAAUAUUCCAGAAUAUUCUCCAGAAACCUGAGGUCUGCUCCAGAUCCUGUGUAGAACCCAGCCCAAUUCUAAGAACUCGGAUAGUAACCAUCAUCUUAAAGCAAAGUAGUGGAUCAGGGAUGCUAGGUAGAGACCACCAGGAAGAGAAGGGGGUGGGGUUUUCCAGUCAGGGCCAUUUAGAAUCCACCUAUGCUUUCAGUCAGCAGGGCUUUGUUUUGUUUUUCUCCUGCCUCAUCUCUCAGCCUCAGGAGAGGUAUUAACAGUAUUAUCUCCAUUUAUAUCCUCCCAGCUGUCCUGAGCCAAAUCUGCCAUUGGAAGUGUCUUCCCUGUAUUGGUUCUCCUUUCUCGGAGAGAUGGGGGUUGGGGGUGCGGCAAGGUCUUGGUCUUGGUCUCUGAACACUCCCAAUUCCCGCUGAAACUCCACACUUGGGAAAGUAUGUUUCCACCUGGGUCUUUCAGACACUGCCCAGAUGGGCUGUCACCACCUCUGCCCCAUGCUCCUCCUGCCCUUGGCUUGGUCAUUUCCUACCUUUCUAUUUCGUGUUGUACCUGCUUUUUUUUUUUUUUUCAUAUUGAAAAGUUGACAUCGCCCCAGAGCCAAAAAUAAAUGGGAAUUGGAAAAAG